UUGGCAUUGUCGCUCCGCAUUGCUGGCUUUCUCCGCCAGCACCCUUCCCCCCUUCACCAUGGCAUCCGACGGUCCUGAUCCCCAGACCUUGAAAUCAUGGGAAGAUGCGUUUCACUAUCCAAUUCCUACCGUGCGCCGCGUGGAGCAGGAGCUGCGCCGGGACAUCGCAAGCAAUAAGGAGAAGCUCCGGGCUCUUGUUGGCACGAGGUACCGGGAGCUUGUUGGCACUGCCGAGACGAUCGUAUCGAUGAAUCGCGAAAUGGAAGAUGUCGAUUCGACGCUGGCCGACAUAGGACGACGAUGCAACCCGCGCCUGAUGGAGAAGAUGUACACGCAUUACAACCAGAUAAAGGAGAAUUCUCUUGAUGAGGAUGCCGCGAAACGAGCGCUCGGGGGACAACUCGCUUUACUUCAUCGCUGCGCAUCGUCAAUCUCUAAGCUUCUGAGAAAACGCGGCUCCGUGUUACUGGUGGCGAAGCUCAUGGUCGUCUCUCGACUUUUGCAUAAGACCCUGUCUCAGCAGACGUCGGUGCCGCCGUUUGUGGAGAACCUGCGCAAUCAAUUAGCUUCCCUUCGACGGACUCUUUUGAGGAGACUCGAAAAGCGCCUGGCUUCUGCCAAGUCCACGGCUGACGAGAUCAUUGAGGCUUUGGCGGCAUACUGCCUAACAACCAGCUCCUCGUCGGAUGACGCCAUUCGUUACUUCCAUCAGGUCCGCUUAGAUGGCAUUGGAAGUCAGCUGGAAGCGGUCGACCCCUCAGGCGACAAUGUUCUGAACAGCUUACGACUCUAUAUUCGGACCCUUCAGAUUUCCAAGAUUCUGCUUUCCCGGCGACUGUCGGACGUUCUUGGCAAGCUGAAAGCACGACCCCUGUUGACAGACCCCGAAAUUCGAUAUCUGGACGACCUGGACUUGGGCGUUCUAGGACGCUGGGUGACGGCAGAUGUCAGUAACUUCACACCCUGGAUCAAGCUCAGCGAGUUGUCAAAAUCGGUAGCCGAGAAGACCAUCAAACAAUGGUCCAAGCCGGCCUUCGAGAAGUUGGUGUCAGGGUGCCGGGGCGCUUUAACAAACUGGCCAGACUUCGCGAAGCUUCUCUCACUACGCGAGAAGACGCUGGAGCUUUGGCUUUGUUCCCGGAGCUCUACACCUACACAUUCAUCAUUACAGGUGCUAGAAGGCAUCAGGUCGGUCUUCAACGAAAGACUUACCGAUGUUCUAUCAGAACAAGCCAAGGCUUUGGAUAUAUUUGGCCAAGGCGUCGCAUCUGCGGCGUCUAACUGGAGCGAAAAAGACCAUGCAGCUUCCCAGUCACUCUGGGCGGAAGACCUCAUCUCCCUUGACUACUCAAACGGAUCCUCUGCAUUCAAGCAAGCUGUUACGGAUAGGCUUUUGGGGCGUGACGAUGACGUAUCCGUUGUUCUCGAGAAGUAUCAAGCUUGGCUGUCUUCGAUAGAAGAAUCAAGAGAGUCUAUUGAUGCAUUGAGACAACUACGCUGGUCUGACGCCCUGGACGAAGGCGAGGACGAGGAUCUUGAUAUUGAUAUACCCUCCAUGUUGAACGAUGAUGACCCCCGACUGCUCCGUGAGGCCUUGCAGAAGGCAAUCGAGCAGGCAUUUGAUGCGCUCCAGAGUUCCCUGAUCACAACCUUCAGCACCCUCGGAAAGCCUGGUCAAAGCGCCGAGGCUGCCUUUAUGUUGAAGACUAUUCGACUGGUUCGAAGAGACCUCCCUAUCCAAUUCAUUGCCAGUGAUUACGCACUCUCCCAGAGUGUUGUGCCUGAGUUGCAGAAAAUCCUGGUCAGGGAGAUAGUCACACGUACAGGCCCCUGGAAGUCCCCAGCUGUUUCAAAUGGCAAGUCUGGGAAACUUCCAGGUCGCACGCUUUGGGAGGGUGAUCCCGAAAUCCCGGUUCAGCCGUCACCAUCGACAUUUAAAUUCCUGCGUAGGCUUGUGCGAUCCAUGGACCAGUACGGUGCUGGACUUUGGGACGUGUCCACAGUCCAGGUCCUUAAAAGCACCGUGCAAAAGGAGCUCUCAGAGUCUGUUGCGUCCGCAAUUGAGACUCUAAAGGCACCUAUCCCUGCUCCGGACAAAAACGCAUCGGCAGCAGAGUCUGCAAAUGGGUCAACCCCCUCCCAGAACGGCGAAGACGGCCAUCCCGAGAAAUCGGAGCUCGAGAAUACGGUCCCGAAUGAUACUGGAGAUGUUAAAGACCGGAUCAUUCAGCUGUAUUUCGAUACGAUUUACCUGGACGAUGCGUUCACAAUUCGAGACACUGACCGUAGCCAGUUGGCGGAUGUACUGGGUACACUUCGCGGCAGCCUCAACACACCUGCGAAGGCUACAAAGAACCUGGAGCAAGCCGCCCAUGAGUACUGGAAACGGACGCAGCUCUUGUUUGGGCUCUUGACUGUGGGCGCCGAGCCAUAA